AUGACAUCCCUGAUAGCCAACCCUUGUCUUAACAACUUGGAGCCGAUCCAAGAUUAUUCGAUGCUGUCCAGCAGUUGCUCCAAUGUCCGUGCCCCACCCACUAUGUAUAAUGGUGCGGGAGGUGCACCAAGGAAGCAGAUAAAGAUGCUGGGCGAAUAUGUCCUGGGCAAGACGAUUGGCUCGGGCACAUCCAGCAAGGUCAAGACCGCCACACAUAUACACUCUGGCAAGAAGGUUGCCAUAAAGAUCACCAAGCCCCGCCGGUCCAAAGAGCGCCGUGAAGUGGACCGUGAGAUAUCCAUCCUAAAGAUGUUGCGCCACGAUCAUAUCAUCCAACUCUAUGAUUCUGUAUACGAUGAUGAGCAGAAUAGAGUGUGCUUGGUACUUGAGUUGGUGACCGGUGGUGAGCUCUUUGAUUAUAUAGUUGCGCGUGGACGUCUAUCUGAGCGUGAGGCACGCAAGUUCUUCCGCCAGAUCCUCGCUGGUCUGAUAUACUGCCACUCACAAAACAUUUGCCAUCGCGACCUCAAGUUAGAGAACCUACUCAUAGACGAUCAUGGAAAUAUUAAGAUCAGUGACUUUGGAUAUAGUAGUAUAUCAAAGCCAGGUAGUUUGUUAUCAACAUUCUGUGGAUCACCAGUAUAUGCACCACCAGAGAUAUUGUUGGAGAAGAAGUAUAUUGGAACUGAAGUAGAUAUUUGGAGUUGUGGAGUCAUCCUCUACGCGAUGGUCACCGGACAACUACCCUGGAGCCUAACCGAUGGUGUCCAAGUAGAGGGCAUCGAUCGUCUACUCAAAGGUGACUUUGCCUACCCAUCCAAAGUCCUCGUGUCCAAUGAGGUGAAGAGUUUGAUCAACCGAAUGAUCGUGGCCAAUCCUUUGGAUCGCGCAAAGAUGUCAGAGGUGAAGAGUCAUCCAUGGGUCAACAAGGGAUAUGAUAUGGAGCCAGAUGAUGAGUAUGCUCAUAAGCAUAUGAGAUCAUCUUCAUCAUCACAUGUUGUUUGUGAUGGUGCUGAUUAUCAUCCAUCAUCAGCCAGUGCAUCAACUUCAACAUCAGCUGGUCAAGCUGGCGACUCAAACUCAACCUCAAACUCAAACCCAUCAUCCACCACUACCACACCAUCCACCGGCAGCCAGCGUGUACCCUCGCGUCCCAUUGCCAUUCCAAUUCAAAUACCAUUGCGCAGCAGUACUCCAACAAUGUCGACACCAUCAUCACCACGAGGUGGUUGUGGCGCUUCCACACCUUCUUCCAACAACAGCGCUGGAUGUAGCAGUCCAGACCUGAUGGGAAGCUUGUCGAUGAUGGGCUCGCCGGCCGGCGUCGCCUCGCCAUCUGCGCUGAGUCCGGCGACCUCGCGUCUGAGCACUCAAUCUUGCUCGACCUCGCCAUCCUCGCCAAUGUCUGCACCUGGAUCGCCCUCUGGCUAUCCAACCUCGGCGCCCAACUCACUCAAGUCGCACCGAUUCUCACAGCUGUUCAAGAAGAAGAUGCCCCUCCAGGCUGAGAGCAUGAGCGACCCGUCGACGCCAACGAUGUCGUCGUCGGGUGAGUUCCCAGCGGGCGCGACCACCUCGCCCCGCAAGCUCAAGUUCCACCUGGAGGACAUUGUCUCUCGAGUCCUCCGCAAGCAGCGCACCAAGAGCGCACUUAAGCUGCGCUCGGUCAAGGGACCCUUCACAUUUGGAACCACCACCACAAUGUCUGUCAACGAGUUGACCAAGAAGAUCGAUGACACCUUGGGAAUGCUCGUGAUCCAAGGCACUCUAGCAACUGGAAGCACCGUGUUUGAGUGUGAGACCAUCAUCGAGGACUCAAUGUGCAAUGACAUCCGAAUCAGCUUCGAGAUUGAGAUGUGUCGUGUCAGUGGCACUGACAUGAAGGGUAUCAAGUUCCGUCGUCUUACCGGAGACCUCUGGGGCUACAGCAUCAUCUGCAAAAAGGUUGUUGAUUCCUUGGCACUAUAA